UUAAAUCUCUCUGGCACAUGUAUUGUUACGUUGCCAGAGUCAAUAUGUAAAUUAUACAAUCUCCAAACUUUGAAGUUGCGGGGUUGUGUUGAGUUAGAGAUGCUUCCCAGCCGCAUGCAAGAUCUAGUGAACCUUUGCCACCUUGAUAUUCGAGGUGCUUCUCGUCUGAAAGAGAUACCCAAGGGAAUGAACAAGUUAAAGCAUCUACACUUCUUAAGUGAUUAUAUUGUCGGCGAGCAAGAGAAUGGGAUGCGAGAAUUGGGAACAUUGGACAAUCUCCAUGGCUCAUUUUGCAUUUCCAAAUUGGAGAACGUCAAGAAUAGUGGUGAAGCUUUGGAGGCAAAGAUGGGUAACAAGAAGCACAUCAACACUCUAGAAUUGAAUUGGCUUCCAGAUGGUGACAUUGAUGAUGUUCAAACUGAAAGAGAUAUACUUGACAAGUUACAACCUCAUCAAAACUUGAAAGAGUUAUCAAUUCAUGGUUAUCCAGGUGAAAGAUUCCCAGACUGGUUAGGCCUUUCUUGCUACUCCAAUAUGACCAAAUUGAGUCUGGAUAGUUGUAUGAAUUGUUGUGAGCUUCCUUCACUGGGACAGUUACCCUCUUUACAGCAUCUGAAGAUUUCUAAACUUAAUGGGUUGGAGAAAAUUGAUUUAGAGUUUUACAACAAAAACAAUGCAUCAUUUCAGCAGGAGACACCCUUCAAAUCUCUCGAAACUCUGAAAAUUGAGUAUAUGUAUAGUUGGCGGGAGUGGCAUUUUCCUGAUGAGUUUGAUGGUUUUCCUGAGCUUAGAAUCCUUUCAAUAAAAAACUGUCCUGUGUUAAGUGGAGAUCUGCCUUCUCACCUUCCGGCUCUGGAGGAACUUACCAUUGAUGGAUGUAAAGAGCUUGCAUAUUCGCUGCCUAGGGCUCCCAAGCUUCACAAAUUAGAUGUAAAGUGCGACAUGUUUCAAGGGUAUGCGGGACUGCACCACGUAAACAUUUCAGGAAGCCAGAGGGCGAAAUUUGUAUGGGAAUGGCUGCUGCACAUCCAACCACCACAUGUCCAAUGUCUGUACAUCGAUGAUUGUCAGUCAGCGAUAUCAAUUUCAGCAAAUCAUUUGCCAGCUUCAUUACAAUUUCUGGAAAUCAUUGAUUGUUCAAAAUUAAUAUUCUCGGACCAACUGCAACACAAGUCGCUGACGAAGAUACUUGUAGAGGACUGUGAUUCACUGACGUUGUUUCCAUUGGGGGACCUUCCAAAUCUCAAGAAACUCACAAUCACUGAAUGCAAAAACAUGGAAAAUGUUGAAGUGGCACAUGCUCUUCCAAGUCUCCGUUGUUUAAACAUCUCAGACUGCCCCAGUUUAGUAUCCUUGCCGCCGCUAGAGUCGGCUGCGCCCCGCCUACAGCAGCUGGAUAUACGCAAUUGCCCGGAAAUCGAUCGUUUUGCUGGGGAGUGCCUCCCGCUGAGUUUGAAAAAACUUGUAAUCGUUGAGUGCCAGAAACUAGCGAGUUGGAUAUCAUCAAAUGUUUUGCAUAGUGAAGGCCUUACCCAUCUUUGGCUUGGUUCAUAUUUUGAUGUAAAGUCGUUUCCGAGAGAGGGUUGUCUUCCUUCUUCUCUCAAGUCUCUACAAUUCUGGGACUUUCCAAAUCUGGAGACGCUUGACUGCAAGGGGCUUCACCAUCUAACCUCCCUCACAUAUAUAGCAAUUAGAUUCUCUGAAAAGCUUGAGAAUAUCACAGAAGAUCAUUUGCUUGCCUCCAUAAAAAAAAUCUACAUAGGGGAAGAAUGUCCUUUGAGGAGCAAGCUGGAAGAGAUGGAACACCUACGGAUUCAAUUGGGUUGUGACGAAUCAGAAUCAUGUGAUGAGUAUGCUUGGAAUGAUGAGGAUGCUACUUCUGAUUCUGAUUGAUUAAUGAUUACAAAUCUUAAUUUAUCUUUCUAAUUAUUUUUCUGAUAUUUAAAGUUAGAAAGAUAAUUAAGAAAGUGAAUUAGAAUUCUAAUCAUUUAUAAAUCAUUUAAUGUGCAAUGGGAGCAGUCACGGCAUACAGCAUACUGUUGGAUCAGGUCUUCCAGAUUUGCACUCAUGGAAUUCUCUGUGUUACUCAUCUGACUUUUAUCAUUUGGUGAGGGAGGAUUGAAGAGUCAACAUUAAUACAAGGCUGAGGCAAGGUGAGAAUGGGGUUGCAAUGAAAAUUUGGCAAAUCCAACUGCUUUACUGCUGAGUGGUGUUCAAAGUUGCGCCAUUUGAAUCUCCAUGACAAAGCUGACCUAAUUCAAAAUGCCAUCCUCAACACAAUUGCAGAAGGGAAGUACCAAACUGCUGAUCUUGGAGGCAAAGCAAAGACAACCGAGUUCAUCAAUGCAAUCAUUGACCAUCUCUAAAUUCUGCUCAGAGUAGGCAAGGAAUUGCUGCUCAGAGUAGGAAUACCUCAGCAUAAUGGAAAAACUCAUCUAAGGUUGUGACCUUAUAACCACCAGGCAUGAGCAAGCCUUAAAAUAUUCACUGCGCAUGCAGUGUUAUGGCCUUGUAAAAUGCACUUUGUCUGAUAACCCUCCUUAGUCCAUUUUGGUAUUCCUUGUCAAUAAUAUAGUUAAAUAAAUGAAGUACCAUUAGUUUGUUUUUAUAUUUGUUUUCUUUUUCUCCCUCUCAUUGCUCCCUUUAUUUUAAUCUGUAUUUGCACAACCACCAAUAUAUUGGUGACUAAGACUUUGUUCAUUUGGAGUGAAGUAGAAGGGAAAUAGAGGAGAGGGGAAAGAAGUUGCAAAUUUUGUAAAGAAAAUUUUCCAAUUUAUCUUCCUCCUCUCUAUUUCUCUUGAAUCAAACAAAACCUAAGUGUAUAUGUCAAUAUCUUUUAGUUUUUUGAAAUAUUUCUUAUUAUAUUUGUCCUUGUGAAAAAAAAAAAAGGAUCUAAAUACCCUAAAACUUCCACUUGGAUCAAGGUAAGUUCUGGUUUCACAAUGUCAGCUAGUUCACGAGGAGGAAAUUUGACUAGAAAUCACGGAUUUGUGUUGCUGUAAAUUUCGAGGUUUUGCUCUGCUAUGCUUUUGAUCUUUUUGAUGUUACUGCUCUGUUCUGUUCAAUUUCUGCCAUGUUUUGUUUGGUAUUGAGCUGGAUUUUAGUUGCUGUCUGUGUACCAUCCCUCAGUUAAUAUGUUAAAUUGUUUGAAAAUCUUGAGGAUUGCUUCAUCCAUGGAAAACAUAUAGUAUGUAGUAUAUUAUUGUGUUCUCUAUGAGAAUAUGUAAACAGGAAAGAAGAAAAGAGAACAAAUUCACGGGGAGCAACUCUUGGAAAGAAAAGGGGGGAGUAAAUUCAAAAGCAAGUAACAUCACUAAAAGGGAAGUACCUUAACUUUAUUAAAAUUCAACUCCUAUGAUCAACGUCAUAAUUAUGUUUGUCAUCAAGGAGGAGAUUGUUGAGUUAUAUAUAACUAAUUUAAUUUGAUGAUGACAAACAUUAUUUUAUUGAGUUAAACACCCAAUUAGUUUUGAUUGUGUUUGGUUAAGUAAUGCAGGCCAAAAAUCAAAGAAGCAGCAGCCCAUUUGGAAGAAAACAAAAACGAGAUUAUAGGUGAAGCUCUAGCCAACAAAGCCCAAAGUAAUUGAACAAAGAAAUCAAACGGGCUGAAAGGUAAGGAAAGCGAAUCCAAGCCCAAGUUGAUCCCACCAAGCUGAUACACUCCAAAGCCAACGUUCACUUGUUGCUUCGGUCAGACUCAGAAAAAAAGAAAGAGAAAGCUUCGUUCUUCUUCUUGCUCAUUUCACCAGAGAAGAAAGAGAAAGCAAAAUAAAAAAGGACAAAGGUCUAAUCACCCAAAUCAAACCAUUUUAAGCUAAGUCAGAAGCUAAAGGUGAUUUAUUUCCAUUUGCAUGCAAGUUACUUUCUUCACUCCUUCUCCAAAUUUUUGCUAAUCUAAUUUGGGAUAAAUAGAAAAGUGUUCUCUGAUAAUCACUACUGUGAAUCAAAGGCUAAAACUGUUUCUUGGGGACAAAGCUCUUGUUCAAGGUUUCAGAUUCAAGUUUACCUAUGAAACUUUUUCUUUGCUGAUCUAAGGCAUUCGGUCAAGCAAAAAGGAUCCGUUCCAAAAUUCCUAAUUUGGGGGUUAAUGGAAGAAAGUGAAAUGACAAGUUUGGGAAGCACACAGCUCAAGGAGUUGACUCAGAAGCAACCAAGACAACAAUUUUGAAAGAGGUACAAAUAAGAAAAUUUUCAUUUUUUUGAGGCAAGGAGAGAGAACCAAAUUUUGAGAUUGUUCCGAAGGGUUCUCUGUGAAGAGUUCAUUAACCUUGGACAGUGUUUUCUAGUAAAAGAAGCAUUCCGCCAAAAUGAAGAACUUAAUCAGAGUCAACUGAAUCCGGUUCAACAUAUAGCAACAGAGGCUAUUAAUGCAUCAAUCUCCUUCAUGUUCUACAAUUUGUAUUUCAUUUUUAAUGUAUAUCUUUCUGUAAUUUCUUGAGUGGUAAAAGGCAAAAAGAGAGGAAUCAAGAAAAAGCCUAUGAGUGAUAAAAAGACUGAGUGAAACACUUGAGAGAAAAGUCUAGAGUAAUUUAGAUUUCUUUAGGUUGUUUUCUAUGUCUUGUGUCUUGUACUUGUGAGGGGCCCUUUUCUUAGUUAGGUUAACACUAAGAGUGAAGAGUUAGGUAUUAGCAUAACCAAGUCAAGUUAGUUCAGAACUUGAGAGAAAAGGAUUGUGUGAAUCCUAUAUAAUUGGUGUUUGUAAUACUUUAACUAUAGUAGAAAUUCUACCACAGUUGUGGUGGAGACUGAAUGUAGGUUGCAUUGCACAAGGCAACUGAACCAGAAUACAUGCAUACGUUAUUUCUCUUCUCUGUC